AUGAGUGAUACUUAAGAAACAAUAGAUGGUUUUAUCAUCGAUUAUCUCUCUGACUUUGGCUAAGGAGCAUUCUCCUCUUGUUAUAAAUGUUAUAAUCCAAAAUACUAAAUACCCUUAUGUGUUAAAGUAAAUUCGAUGAUUAGUUUAGAUAAUCUUACCAUCUUAACAUGUCUCUUAAAUGUUCGAUAGAGAAAUAGAAAUCCUUUAACAUAUUUCUUAAAUUGAUUGUAAUUUUCUAGUCAAAAUACUUCAUAUAAGUAAAUAGAGUUAAAAAUGUUUUUUUUUUAUGGAGUAUUGUUAAUAAGGAGAUUUAUAAAAUUUAAUUAAACAAAAUCAAGCCCUGAAAAGAUCACUAUAAAUUACAGAAAUCUUAUAAAUUCUAUCAUAAGUAAUUAAUGGUUAUAAAUAACUCUAUGAUUUUGGUAUUAUUCAUAGGGAUAUAAAACCAGCUAAUAUAUUACUUGGAAAUCAUGGAUAUUAUUAAGUAGAAUUAUAUGAUAAUUUAGCUUACUGAUUAUGGAAUGGCAAAAAUUUUAUAAGAUCCAAGUUUAAAAUUGGAAUAAAGUUCUGUUGGAACUCCUAAUUAUGCAGCUCCAUAAAUUCUUAUUGAAGGAAUUUAUUCUAAUAAAUGUGAUGUUUAUAGUGUAAAAUUUAUAUUUUUAAUUCAGUUAGGUGUAUUAAUAUAUGAAUUAGUCUAUUAAUAAUUACCAAUUAAAGGUUUUUAAUAUUUUUAAUUUUUACAAGCCUUAAAGAAUACAAAACAAAAUAAAAUUGAAAUAAAAACUUUUCCUCCUGAAUUAGGAGGUUCUAUAAAUGAAAAAAAAUAAUUAUAUGAUUUUUUAAAUCGAUCUAUAGUUUAUGAAGAAUCAUCGAGAAUAAGUUGGGAAGAACUUUUCAAAUUAUUUCCAGAUCCUACAAACUCAAUUAUUAUUAGGUCUAACUAAUAGUAAGAAUAAUUCUAGUCUUAAUAAUUAUCUCAUGAUCUUAAAGAAAAUAAUAAAGAAAUGGAUCAUUAAAAAUUUAGUUAUUUCAUGAACAGUAAUGAUUCACUAAUAAAAACUUUGUAAUCUUAGAAUUAAAAUUAAAGUACCUAAACUAAUAAAUAAAUUGAUUAAAUGAAAUAAUCAGAUGAAAUUACAGAUAUUUCUCAAAAUUAAUUCUAUCAUAGUGCUGAAACAUCAUCUCAAAGCAUUUAAUCACCUUCAAUUAAAGUACUUAAAUCAGUUAAAUUAAUUAAAAAAAAAUCAAUAAUUUCUUCUUUUACAUGGCAGGAUGAUCUUUUAGAUAAAGUAAUCUAGUUUUAUUAGUUCAAGAGCACUUUUGCUGAAAUAUUAUUAGCAAAAAUUAAAAAUAUAUUUUAUGUUAUAAACCUUAAUAAAUAAAUAAUGAGUUAUACACCUUAUUAUACUAAUCUAUAUUUACUUUAAAUUUUAGUAGUUGGAUAUUAAUACUCAUGUUAUUUAAAUAUUUAUUAUCUACUUUUUAAAAGAGAUAAAUCUUACGACUAACUCUAAAUCUUAAAAGAUUUAUAUGAGAUUGAUAAAGAAUUCUUGAAUUAUUAAAUUUAAGUGUAUUUAAAUAAAUAAGAAUAAAUCAUUUAAGGAUAAAAACUUAAAGAGAAUUUUAAAUUAUAAAAAAUUAAAUUCAAAGUAAUAUAUUAUUCAAGUAUUUUAUUAGGAAUAAAUUUAAUCAUUUAAGGAAUAUUAAAAAAAAUUCUAAAAUUUUGAAUUAAAUUAACAAAUAAAUAUUAUAUCUAAAAAAGAAAGUCUUUACUCUCCUUAAUUUUACUAUAAAAAAUAUCAAGAAAAAUUUGAUUUAAUGAAUUUUAAUUUUGAUCUUGAGGCUGAAUAUGAUUACUUAGAAAAUCAUACUAUUCAACACUUAGCAUUUUCUAUCAAAUUAUUUUAAAACGAAUUAAAAUAUCAAAACUUAACUGAAAUUUUAUAAGCUAACGAAAAAUCUAUUGUUGAAUAUUCAGAAGAGAAAAUCUUCAUGCUUAAAAACAUAAAAAGAUAUUUUUAAAAUAAAUAAAAAUAAAGCUUAUGA